AUGAGAUGUAAAACGAAACGCCGAGAGAAGCGCGGGGUGGACGGGUUGAAUCGGCUGCUGCUGGAGGCUAAGCGGCAGCUGGAUGCGGGUCGGUACCGCCUCCUUAAACAGAUGAAGCUCCUGCUGGCUGAGUUGAACCGGCUGCUGCUGGAGGCUAAGCGGCAGCUGGAUGCUGGUCGCUACCGCCUGCUUAAACAGAUGAAGCUCCUGCUGGCUGAGUCUAAUUCUCCCUUCAACAACUUCCACCAGCUGAGGCGGGGGUACCGCCUGCUGAAUAUGUUGGGCCGGGGCGGCUUUGCUGAAGUCUGGGAGGUAUUUGACCCACUGACAUGCUCCGUAGCAGCAGCGAAGCUGCAUGUGCUCUCCUCUGUCAAGCGAGAAAGAGAAAGAUUAAAAAUUGUGAAGAGAGUGCAAAAUGAAAUAGAAAUACACAAAGAUAUCAGGCCACACCCCCAUAUUGUAGAAAUGAAGGCUUGCUUUGAGAUGGGCAACGAUGUCCUCGCCAGCAUCCUCCAGGCCCUUCACUACUUGAAACACCAACCCAACGGCAGCAUUUACCACCUGGACGUGAAGCCUGGGAAUGUGCUGCUGCAAGAAGGAGACUGCAAGCUAGCGGACUUCGGGCUGAGUUGCUUCGUCCCCAAGGGAGAGACAAAACCCUUCACAGGCGGCGGGACCCUCUGGUACCAGCCUCCAGAGUGUUUGCUGCUGCAGCAGCAGCAGCAACAGCAGCAGCAGCAGCAGCAGCAGCAACAACAGCAGCAGCAGCAGCAGCAGCAGCAAGGCCGACAACAGCAGCAGCAACAGCAACACAAACAACACGUCGACACAGCCGUACAAGACCGCCUUAAGAAAGAACAUUCACCCAGAAACAAUCACCAGCAGCAGCAGCAGCAGCAGCAACAGCAGCAGCAGCAGCAGUUGCUGCCUUUAGUGGUGCUUGCAGAUGAAAAGAUUGACAUAUGGGCAGUGGGGUGUAUCCUUUACGAGAUGCUCUUUAACAAGCGACCCUUCUGCCGCGGACUCUCGCCGGGCCAUGCCGAUCCUUCAGCGCACAUCAUUGCUAACGCUAAGGAGGGGCUCUUCGUCCCCAGUGGACCCCGCAAGAUCUCAGAUGCAGCAGAAGAUAUGCUGCGUGGCUUGCUGGCGUAUGACCCUCAGCAGCGGCUGUCGUUGGAGCUGGCGUUGGCUCACCCCUUCUUACACAGACCAGCAGCAGGGGAGGAGCUGGCAGAUAGAAUAGAGGAGACGAUACUUGCACUGGAGAAACAAUAA